AUGGCAGCAACAACAACCGAACCGACGCCGAAGCGUGACUCCAUGGAAGCCACUAUUCCUGACAUUGAGGCCAAACUCGCAUCCACGACGAUAACACCUCAGUCCAAGCGGCGCUCCCUCGCGCUCACCGAUUUGCCUCCCUCUGUCCGCAAUACAAUCUACAAAUAUGCCCUCGACACUGAACUCGCCAAUGUUGGAUUGCCCAAUGUAUCCUUCACCCAUAAUCUGUCCCCCUCUGGCAUGCUCGCCUUCAAAUCCUCACGUCCGCCCUUCCCAGUGAAUACAUCACUCUUCUACCUGAACAAAGAAAUCUCUCGAGAUGCACUUUCCUACUUCUACUCCAAGAACCUGUUCAUCCGCUUCGAAAUCUUCACCUCGGAUGCAAGGCAUGCAAAAACCAUGCUCGAAGACUCGGGCGUACUCUUCUACACCGCGCCCCCAGAUAUGAUGGAACGCAGUACGCAACACGCCAUGGAAAUUGCCCUUGUGGAAAAAAACUCGAGCAUGAAGCGUGCAAUAGUCAUGUUUCCUGCGCAAUACCUCCCUCGCCUGAUCAAUUUCAUCGACCAAGCCUCUCGCGCCGCUGCAUCCUGGGCGCCUUCACGCACGCUCUUCAUCAACGUCCUACACACCUACUCAUACCCAGUAUCCAGACUACAAGGCGAUCUACUCGAACUAUUCCGACUCUUGACAAACAUCGGCGGCGUGACCGUAGACCCAAAGAACUUACUCCCACGCUACGCAGAAGGCCUGUCGACAUGUAUGACGGCCCCCAACUUCGAAGCAGAAAACUGGCUCCAGAGCGUCAGCGAGCUCGCCGACCUUGCCGACGCCGCGCGCGAACAGGGCAACGACGAACUGGCAAAGGAAUACGGACAAGCCGUCAUCAUCGCCCUGACCUACGGCUACCUCACCCACGCUGAAGCUCUGCAUAGCCAGGACGGCGACGCCUUCCACAAAGCUAUACAGCGACUCCGCUGGCGCACAGAACUCGGCGUCGGCAUAUCGCUCUCUCUCAUGCAUCGCGCCACCUCCACAGCGCGCGACUGGCUUAAUGCGGCCGACCCGCCAUCCCACGUCAAGACGGCAGCUCGAGACCUCCUCCAAGCCGAGAAGUCAAUCUCGUCUGCGCUCUCCUUGGCUACGGAUUCCCCGACCCCAACACAUAACCCUUGGUUUCAUUCCCUGCCCGUCGAACUCAUUCCGCCGAAUAAAUCCUCCUUCUUCUCCGACCAGGAGAGGGCGCAGACGUGGUAUGCGCUUGGAACCGUGCACACGGCAUUGGGCGAGUUUCUGUUUGCAUGUGGAGACUUUGAGAGGGCGCUGGAGCUUUGGGGGCCAGAGGGCAGAGAGAAGAUCGAGGGCGCGUUUGAGAAGGCGAGGAAGGGAAUUGAUGGCGAUGUGGAGAGUAUGUUUGAAGGAAAGGUGAGGCCGGGGUCGGGACUGAAGAGAGCCGCAGUGUUGGCUAGGGGAGUUUAA